CUUCCAUCAACCGAGCUCUACAGCUUCGACAUAAACAUAACUUGAGCUCUUUCGCGACCAUAUUACCGCUGCUUUGGGUCUUAGCAAAGAAGUAGUAGUCAACAUGUCGGCGACACAAAAGAUCGCGGUGCACUCACUCUCCGACCUGAAAAACACAACAGACGAUGCACUCCCCAACUACCUCCACUCUCUCAAGUUCAAGCAAAUCCACACACAAACCGAUGUCAGGUUAGCGCUCGGCUACAGCGCUGUCAUCAUUGCUGGCGCACUCUUCUACUUCGACUGGAAGUUUGGCUGGGAGGCUUCAAAGCCGUACACUGCGCCCGCAGUAGUUGCAUACUUCCUCUUGAACGGCGCAUUCUCGUACUGGCUGUGGUUUGUAGAGAGGGGCGUUGUGUAUGAGGGAGAAGGCAAGACAGGGAAGAUCCGCAUCUCCUCCUCAACCAAAAAGCACAUCCCCAUUUACGAAUGCGACGUCGUCUUCACACCCACACCCUACACCUCAAACCCUGAGCAGAAGAUCCACAUCCGCGCGCCCAUGACACGGUGGUUCACAUCUGACGGCUACUUCACCGCGAAGCCCUUCCAGCAAUGGCUUGCGUCUGAGGUCCCAGUGAUCGGUGCCGCAGACCCAGACAACAUUGUGGAAGAUAUUGGAAGGGGAAGCGGGGCACAGCAGUUGAACUUAAACAGCUCGAAUGCGAUUGAUGUGCUGAAUCAGUUGAAGGCUAGUGGGUCGAGCUUUGUAAGUGGGGAGGGGAGGAGGAGGAAGUGAACGACUGCCGCGGACUAGGAGAGUGUGAAGAGGAAUGAGCGAGAGCAUUCUCCUGAUUUUGGCGUUUGGGACAAAAAGCUGCACCCGCUCGGAGUGACAGCUCCGGGAUAUUUGGGCUUCCGUAGGGCGAGCGACCUGUUCAGUAUUUGAGAGCCGUAUAGCGGACAAAAUGUAUCACACAAUUUAUACUCACUCGACUGACAAGAGGAAAGAGGAAACUGAAGCAUCGUUCUGGCUACGGCGCUCAGGAGGAGAGACUGAACCUACUCAGAGCGACAACUUAUACAUGUUUG